ACCUCAUAAUUUAUUGGAAAUACAGAACAGAAGAAGAGUGUGUUUCAGGCUGCAGUGUCAUAAGCAAUAAUGGAUAAUAGGUGGAGUCUUAAAGGAAUGACCGCUCUUGUCACCGGUGGAAGCAAAGGAAUUGGGGAAGCUGUGGUGGAGGAACUAUCUAUGUUGGGAGCAAGAGUCCACACAUGUUCCAGAGAUGAAACUCAGCUUCAAGAACGUUUACGUGAAUGGCAAACAAAAGGGUUUCAGGUCACCACUUUCGUCUGCGACGUUUCUUCUCGUGCCCAACGAGAGAAACUCAUGGAAACCGUUUCCUCUGCCUUCCAAGGAAAACUCAACAUCCUCGUAAACAAUGCGGGAACGUGUAUAGUAAAACCGACCACAAAGUAUACAGCAGAAGACUUCUCGUUUCUGAUGGCUACGAAUCUCGAGUCAGCUUUUCAUCUCUCACAGCUUGCACAUCCUUUGUUGAAAGCUUCGGGUUUUGGGAGCAUCGUGUUCAUGUCCUCCGCUGCUGGAGUUGUGCAUAUGAGUGGCGGAUCCAUCUAUGGAGCAACCAAAGGAGCCAUGAAUCAGCUGACUAGAAACUUAGCUUGCGAAUGGGCGAGCGACAACAUAAGGGCUAACUCUGUUUGUCCUUGGAUCAUCACAACUCCUUUAACUAAGAAUUAUCUCAAAGAUGAAGUGUUAAAAGAAGAAGCGGAGCGUAGGACAUCAGUGGGACGUGUUGGAGAAGCAAAGGAAGUCUCAUCGCUUGUGGCGUUUCUCUGUCUACCUGCAGCUUCUUACAUUACAGGUCAAACCAUUUGCGUUGAUGGAGGUGCCACUGUCAACGGCAUCUCCUUCAGGCCUCUGGCUUGAAACACAUACAUUGUUUCCAACUACUAUAGUUUCCUAG